AUGGGCCACGUUGGAUGGAUCACCUCCGUGGCGUUCUCGUCGGACGGGAGUCAUCAGGCCUCAACCUCGACGGAUAACCCCGUUCGCGUUUGGGACACGGACGAACGAUGUGAAGUCAUCCAACCCUUCCUCAUUCAUAGUUGCACGGUCUACGCCGUCCAAUUCUGUCCGAAAGACAAAAGCGUUGUUUCACUUAAUACAUUUGGUGAAGUGCUAUUUUCCAGCGCGAUUGCUUGGGAGGUGGGGCAUGGUUGGAUCAAUGAUCGCUCACAGACCAUGAGCGAGGUGCUCUCUCCAGACACAGAAGUUGUCUCGCCAACGGUGCUUCUUGGUGGGAAGGCCAUUUUCGAUGAUGUCCACAUUCGCAUCUGGGACGCGAAUCGUGGUGGCGGGGCGUUUCCUCCAUUUGCAAAAGACGAGCUGGGUCCGGGCGCUGUCCAUACAUCACCUGAAGGUCUUCACCUAUCAUGCGACCAUGAAGGGACCUUUCAAAUCUAUGACUUACAGAAAGGCCCAUCGCUCUCGACGUACAUUUACCUCGGCCAGUCUGUCGCACCAGCCGGUACUGGUGCAUUUUCCGCACAAAUCGCCAAUCGGGCCAGUACGAUCCUCAUCUUUACAGCACAAGAGAAGAUAGUCGGAAAACCUUUGAUUGGAUGUAGGGACUUAAUCGAAUGUGUAGUGAUUUCUCCAGAUGAGAAAUAUGUCGUUUCUGGAUCGUGGGAUCAGACGGUUCGUCUCUGGGCGUAG